UCACCGGAAAGGAAGAUCAGUUUUUAUUGUGGCCAGCAGAGCUGCUGUAAUGGCGGUGUCUCGUCGCUCCUCGCAGCAGCAGCAGCAGACUACAUUACAAUCUCCGCCGAGAAACAACUCUCUUUCGGGCGCUUCGCCGGCCUCACCGUCUAUGGCUUUACCGUCCCCGGCCGUAGGCUCGUCGGAGAACGAGAGGGAAUGUAGCGGAGGGAUCGAGAUGGCUUUGGCCUCCCCGGACCUGCCAGCUACGAUCCUGGCGAGCAGCGCAAGCUCCACUACGACAACCUCAGGCGGAGGCAGCAGCGUCUCUACCCCCGGCUCUGGAGCAACCAGUCCCACCGACGGUAGCAGUGGUGUCGGCGGGGCGUUCAGGGAAUUGUUUGAGGCCUGCCGAAACGGCGAUGUGUCCCGGGUAAAACGACUUGUGGAUUCGGUGAAUGUAAAUGCGAAGGACAUGGCUGGUCGAAAAUCGACUCCUCUUCAUUUCGCUGCGGGUUUUGGGAGAAAAGAUGUGGUCGAGCAUCUCCUGCAGACAGGAGCUAAUGUUCACGCCAGGGACGAUGGAGGUCUCAUACCUCUGCACAACGCCUGCUCCUUCGGACAUGCAGAGGUCGUCAGCCUCCUUUUGUGUCAAGGUGCAGAUCCAAACGCCAGAGACAACUGGAACUACACCCCAUUACAUGAGGCAGCCAUCAAAGGAAAAAUAGAUGUUUGUAUAGUGUUACUCCAGCAUGGAGCUGAUCCAAACAUUCGCAACACCGAUGGCAAAUCGGCCCUGGAUCUUGCUGAUCCUUCAGCCAAGGCUGUUCUUACAGGCGAAUACAAGAAGGAUGAACUUCUGGAAGCUGCGAGGAGUGGAAAUGAAGAAAAGCUGAUGGCGCUGCUGACUCCAUUAAAUGUCAACUGUCACGCCAGUGAUGGUCGCAAGUCAACCUCACAAAAAAUGCUGUCCACGCCCCUUCACCUGGCUGCAGGCUACAACCGGGUCCGCAUCGUGCAACUCCUCCUCCAACAUGGAGCUGACGUUCACGCCAAGGACAAGGGCGGCCUGGUUCCUCUUCACAACGCCUGCUCAUAUGGCCACUAUGAAGUCACUGAGCUUCUGCUUAAACACGGAGCCUGUGUGAACGCCAUGGACUUGUGGCAGUUCACCCCUCUCCACGAAGCAGCGUCCAAGAACCGAGUGGAGGUCUGUUCCCUGCUGCUGAGCCACGGGGCUGACCCCACCCUGCUCAACUGUCACAGCAAGAGCGCAGUGGACAUGGCCCCCACCCCAGAGCUUAAAGAGAGGCUCACCUAUGAGUUCAAAGGUCACUCACUGCUGCAGGCGGCUCGUGAAGCCGACAUGGCCAAAGUGAAGAAGACUCUGGCUCUGGAGAUCAUCGGCUUUAAACACCCUCAAACCAAUGAGACAGCUCUGCACUGUGCUGUGGCGUCCCCCCACCCAAAGAGAAAACAGGUGACUGAGUUGUUGCUGCGUAAAGGUGCCAACAUCAAUGAGAAGAACAAAGACUUCAUGACACCCCUGCAUGUCGCUGCUGAAAGAGCUCACAAUGACAUCCUGGAGGUGCUGCAGAAACAUGGAGCAAAGGUGAAUGCAGUGGACACACUCGGGCAGACGGCUCUCCACAGAGCGGCGCUGGCUGGUCACAUCCAGACCUGCAAGCUGCUGCUGAGCUACGGAGGAGACCCCUCCAUCGUGUCUUUACAGGGUUUCACCGCGGCUCAGAUGGGUAACGAGGCCGUACAGCAGAUUCUUAACGAAAAUGUUCCCACACGGAAUUCUGAUGUGGACUACAGAUUUCUGGAAGCUGCCAAAGCAGGGGAUUUGGACACUGUGCAACAACUUUGCACCCCCCAGAACGUAAACUGUCGGGACUUGGAAGGCCGGCACUCCACUCCUCUCCACUUCGCAGCUGGUUACAACCGAGUGGCUGUGGUGGAGUACCUGCUUCACCACGGAGCCGAUGUUCACGCUAAAGACAAGGGUGGUCUGGUUCCCCUCCACAACGCAUGCUCCUACGGUCACUACGAGGUGGCUGAGCUGCUGGUCAGACACGGGGCAUCGGUGAACGUGGCAGAUCUGUGGAAGUUCACCCCACUUCACGAGGCUGCAGCUAAAGGGAAAUAUGAGAUCUGCAAACUGCUUCUUAAACACGGAGCGGACCCUACCAAGAAGAACCGAGAUGGCAACAUUCCUCUGGACAUGGUGAAAGACGGAGACACGGACAUCCAGGACCUGCUGCGGGGGGACGCCGCCCUGCUGGACGCUGCCAAGAAGGGUUGCCUGGCCAGAGUGCAGAAACUCUGCUCCCCGGAAAACAUCAACUGCAGAGACGCUCAGGGGCGCAACUCCACACCGCUGCACCUGGCAGCUGGCUAUAACAACCUGGAGGUGGCAGAGUAUCUGUUGGAGCAUGGGGCUGACGUCAAUGCUCAGGACAAGGGAGGCCUUAUUCCUCUUCACAAUGCUGCUUCUUAUGGGCAUGUGGACAUAGCCGCCCUGCUGAUCAAGUACAACACGUGCGUGAAUGCUACGGACAAAUGGGCCUUCACGCCUCUCCACGAGGCAGCCCAGAAAGGCCGCACGCAGCUCUGCGCGCUGCUGCUGGCUCAUGGUGCUGACCCCACUAUGAAGAACCAGGAAGGCCAGACCGCUCUGGACCUGGCCACGGCUGAUGAUAUCCGAGCACUGCUGAUGGACGCCAUGCCACCAGACGCCUUACCCAGCUGCUUUAAGCCGCAGGCCACGGUGGUCAGCGCCUCCGUCAUCUCCCCCGCCUCCACGCCAUCCUGUCUGUCAGCUGCCAGCAGCAUAGACAACCUGGCCGGGCCCCUCACUGAGCUGGUUGCUGCUGCUGCCUCCGCCUCCGGGACCUCCGGAGUGGCAGACGGAGCGACGGGCACCGACCGCAAGGAAGGAGAAAUGGCUGUGCUUGACAUGAACAUCAGUCAGUUCCUGAAGAGCCUGGGCCUUGAGCACCUGAGGGAUAUCUUUGAGAGGGAGCAGAUCACACUAGAUGUGCUGGCUGACAUGGGCCACGAGGAGCUGAAGGAGAUUGGGAUUAAUGCAUACGGCCACCGACACAAGCUUAUCAAAGGUGUUGAACGGUUGCUGGGGGGCCAACCAGGUGCCAACCCUUAUCUGACAUUCCACUGUGCCAACCAGGGCACCGUCCUGAUCGACCUCGCCCCUGAUGACAAAGAGUACCAAUCUGUAGAGGAGGAGAUGCAGAGCACAAUCAGGGAACACAGAGAUGGGGGCAACGCUGGUGGGGUUUUCAGCAGAUACAACAUCAUCAAGAUCCAGAAAGUGGUAAAUAAGAAGCUGAGAGAGCGUUACACCCACAGGCAGAAGGAGAUUGCAGACGAGAACCACAACCAUCACAAUGAGCGCAUGCUGUUUCACGGGUCUCCGUUCAUCAACGCCAUCAUUCACAAAGGCUUUGAUGAGCGCCAUGCUUACAUAGGAGGGAUGUUUGGAGCCGGGAUCUAUUUUGCUGAGAACUCCUCAAAGAGCAAUCAAUAUGUCUACGGCAUCGGCGGAGGCACGGGUUGCCCGACGCACAAAGACCGAUCCUGCUACCUGUGCCACAGACAAAUGCUGUUCUGCCGAGUGACUCUGGGGAAGUCCUUCCUACAGUUCAGUGCCAUGAAGAUGGCUCACGCUCCACCAGGACAUCAUUCAGUAAUCGGGCGGCCGAGCGUUAACGGUUUAGCUUACGCCGAGUACGUCAUCUACAGAGGAGAGCAGGCCUACCCGGAGUACCUCAUCACCUACCAGAUCCUUAAACCGGAGAGCACGGCACAGUCUGCAGCAGGAGCUGAGCAGAAGUCAUAGUUUUGGUGCUGCACGGCCUCACAUAGACUUGAUGCUGUAUAUUUUAUCCUUUGUAUUUGCCUGAACAGAGUUUUCAUUACCAAACACAUUUCCAGUCUCCUGUCCUGUAGAAGUCAUGGUGACCUGUGUUUCAUGAGCAGUUAAUGCUGUAAAAUACUCUCCUAAUCUUUGUCAUUACUUUUUCUUUUUGCAUUGGCUGCAUGUUUAUUAUAGAAGCAUGUAAGGCCCAAAAGCGUGUGUGGGUCUGUACUUUGAGUAUCGUUCCCGUUCAUCUCCUCUCCACGCAGGACGCCGCUUGUUGAGACUUUUGAAACAUCAGCAUUAACAGUUUGACACUCUUUGUUGCCUCGUGACUUUUGAAGAAUCACACAAUCCCUCUUUACCAGCCUUUUGGACUCACACACACAGUUUCUUCAUGAAAACCUGAAACCUUGUCCCUGUCUGGUGGUGGAUUCAGCUCCACCACUGGAUGAGGUUUAACCUUUUACAGACUGAUACGUGGGAACUGUUUGGGUUUUUUAUGAUAAAUCUUUAACACUACCAGAGAGGUUGCUUUGCUGUAUUUGCUCAUGUUUCCAACUUUGAGGAACUCUACAGACACUGAAUAGUUUAGGUUUUUUAGUAGUUUUAUUCUGGGCUGCACAAGCUGUACUGAGGAAGGGCUCUGUCAGAUUACUAAAUUUGAGACAAUUUUAUGGAAAGUACAAUAUUGAUUGCAUGAAAGCUGAUAAGCUUAGCAGUGCAAAGUAAGGCAUCAUAAUGAAGCAUGGUGAAAGUGUUGUACAUUAAAAGCAUUAUAUGUGACUGUGCUUUCAGUGGAGUUGGAGCUUGUGUAUGGAGGACCAAACCUAUCAUUAUUGGAAAUAAAUGUAUAAAUAUAUAACUGGCGUAUUA